CUGCUGCUGCUGCUGCUGCUUCCAGCACUCCCCCCUGCACGAUGCUGCCUGCUGCCCUUGCCUCCCUUCUGGGGCCAUUCCUUGUGGCCUGGGUGCUGCCUCCUGCCAGGGCCCAGACGCCCAACUACACCAGGCCUGUGUUCCUGUGUGGAGGUGACGUGACCGGGGAGUCGGGCUACGUAGGAAGUGAGGGUUUCCCUAACCUCUACCCCCCAAAUAAGAAGUGCAUCUGGACAAUAACGGUGCCUGAGGGCCAGACUGUGUCCCUGUCCUUCCGGGUCUUCGAUAUGGAACUCCACCCUUCCUGCCGCUACGAUGCUCUGGAGGUCUUUGCUGGCUCCGGGACCUCAGGCCAGCGACUUGGCCGCUUCUGUGGCACCUUCAGGCCUGCACCUGUGGUCGCCCCCGGCAACCAGGUGACUUUGAGGAUGACCACGGACGAGGGCACCGGGGGCCGCGGCUUCCUGCUCUGGUACAGCGGUCGGGCCACGUCAGGCGCUGAGCACCAGUUUUGCGGGGGGCGGAUGGAGAAGGCACAGGGAACCCUGACCACGCCCAACUGGCCUGAGUCGGAUUACCCCCCGGGCAUCAGCUGCUCCUGGCACAUCAUUGCGCCCUCAAACCAGGUGGUCACGCUCACCUUCGGGAAGUUUGACGUGGAGCCGGACACGUACUGCCGCUACGACUCCGUCAGUGUGUUCAAUGGGGCUGUGAGCGACGACGCCAAGAGGCUGGGGAGAUUUUGCGGAGACAAGGCCCCCAGCCCCAUCAUCUCCGAAGGGAAUGAGCUCCUGGUCCAAUUUGUAUCGGAUCUCAGUGUCACCGCAGACGGCUUCUCAGCCACCUACAGAACCCUGCCACGGGACGCCGUGGGGAAGGAGCCAGCCCCCAGCCCAGGGGAGGAUGGCCAGGGGGCUCCUCACCCAAAAGUCAAAGCACCCACCAAACUGAAACCCCAACCUGCAGAGAAACCAGAGGCCUCUCCUGAGACCCAGGCAGCGCCAGAGGCCCCAGACGGCCCCGGCAUCACCUGCCCGAAGCAGUACAAGCGGUCGGGCACCCUGCAGAGCAACUUCUGUGCCAGCAGUCUGGUGGUGACUGGAACCGUGAAAAGCAUGGUCCGCGGCCCGGGGGAGGGCCUCACUGUCACCGUCACUCUCCUGGGUGUCUACAAAUCCGGAGGCCUGGACCUGCCCUCUCCACCCAGUGAUACCCCCCUGAAGCUCCAUGUGCCCUGCAGGCAGAUGCCCCCCAUGAAGAAAGGAGCCAGUUACCUGCUGAUGGGCCAGGUGGAAGGACACAGAGGCCCCACCCUUCCUCCAGAGAGCUUCGUGGUUCCCUACAGGCCCAACCAGGAUCAGAUCCUCAGCAACCUAAGCAAGAGGAAGUGUCCCUCCCAGCCCAGGCCAGCUGCCUGAGGCCAAGCCAGACCCAGCCUUGGGUGCCCUCACCCAAAUAAAUGUUUCUCAACUCAGGAA